AGCUAGAACGAGGCUCAAGCUGAAGCGAGGAAAAGAGGGGCGAGUGGGGAGGAGCUAAGCAGAAGGCGGAGCUAAAAAGGCUUAACUGGAGCGAGGCGCAAGUGCAAUUGUCCGCGGCUCGCUGCGAUGGCGGCGGCGCCGAGCACUGUCACCCCGCCGGCGGCGGAGUCUUUCCCUCAGGAAGCUACUGUCUCUGCCACCUCCUCCUCCUCCUCCUACACCGCCUGCGCGGCGGCGGCGGCGGCGGCGGCGGCACUGAUUGUGCCUGCCUCCUCCGCCACUUCCACCCCUGCCUGCCCGCCGGCCGGUGGUUGUUGCGACGGCGGCGGCUUUGGCGGCUCCACUAUGGCGGCGGCGGGGAGGGUGGGGAGUAGUUUUAAAGUAGACACCCGCUCUUGCCUCAGAGAAGAUACCAUUUGGAAUGAACAGGCAAAGACUGAACUUUUUACAGAUAACUUUUGUCAAGUAUGUGGAGUGGCUCUAUGGUUCAAGUCACAAAGGAUUUCACAUUAUGAGAGUGAAAAACAUGCUCAAAAUGUUAGUGUUUAUUUUCAAAUGCAAGGAGAACAAAAUGAAGUGCCUGGUAAGAGAAUGAAGAUACAUGUUGGGAGUUUGCAGGUGCGUAAGAAUGAAGUAGUGGAUCGAAACAAAUUUUGUGAUCUUUGCAAGAUGAUUUUUAACUCCCCAAUCGUUGCUCAGUCUCACUAUGAGGGGAAAGUUCACGCUAAAAACCUGAAACAAGUAAUGGAGGAACAUGACCAGGUAUCCCCAUCAGGAUUUCAGCUAGAAAUGGCAGGUGUGCCUCUUACUACUUCUGCAGAGUCAACUUUCCUGAAGACCCUUCCUGUCAAGCAUUCUCCAGCAUUUAAUAUGAGAACCUACGUUUGCCAUAUUUGUAGUAUUGCUUUUACAUCUUUAGAUAUGUUCCGGUCCCACAUGCAAGGAAGUGAACAUCAAAUUAAAGAAUCCAUUGUUAUCAGCCUAGUGAAGAAUUCAAAGACUCGAGACACUUACCAAAAUGAGUGUGCAGAUUACAUCAAAGUGCAGAAAGCCAGAGGACCAGAGCCCAGUAAUUGUUUCAGAAAGAUGGAAGAGAGUUCUUUGGAAACCUAUAAACAUAGAGAGGUGGUCAAUUCCAGACUCAGACACAGAAUGAUUGAACAAAGACUUCCAUUUGAGACUUUCCAGUCAUACUCAGGACCGUACAGUAGUUCACAAUCAGUCGAAAACCAGUUACCUCAUUGCUUACCAGCUCAUUCAAAGAAGACAUAUGACUCUUUCCAAGAUGAACUUGAAGAUUACAUCAAAGUGCAGAAAGCAAGAGGACUAGACCCAAAGACUUGUUUCAGAAAGAUGAGAGAGAACUCUGUGGACACUCAUAGGUACAGAGAAAUGGUUGAUUCUGGACCCAGACAAGGAAUGUGUGAGCAAAGAUUUUCGUUUCAGACUUCCCAGCCCUACCAACAACAAUACAGUAGUUCAGCAGUGGAAAGCCAGUUACCUCAUUGGUUACCAGGUUAUUCAAAGAGGACGUAUGACUCUUUCCAAGAUGAACUUGAAGAUUACAUCAAAGUGCAGAAAGCCAGAGGGUUAGAGCCAAAGACUCGUUUCAGAAAGAUAGGUAACAACUCUAUAGAAACACAUAGGUACAGAGAUAUGGUUGAUGUCAGACCCAGACAUAGAAUGAUAGAGCAAAACUUCCCAUUUGAGACUUUCCAUACCUAUACAGGACCAUACAGUAUUUCACAAGCAGUGGAAAGCCAGUUACCUCAUUGUUUACCAGCUCAUGACAGCAAGCAGAAACUAGACUUUAUUAGCUACAGUCAACUCACCAGAGACAAUAUCACAGAAAAACCAGUACCUUUGAGCCUUAAUCAACAAGAAAAUAACUUUGGCCCAUACAGUGUAGAAUCUGAAGUUUACAAACAUCUCUCCUCAGAAAACAAUACCACUGACCAUCAAGCAGAUCAUAAACGGAGACAUCAGAAGAGAAGACGACACCUGGAAGAAGGUGAAGAAAGGCCAGAGGAGGAGCAAUCCAAGCACAACAGAAAAAAGCGUUAUGAGGAUAUGGAUUUAGACAAAGACAAGAACAACCGACAAAAGAAAAGAGAGGGGGAUAGAGUCAGUUCAGAAAAGCUUAAACAUCGAAAAAAGAAAAAGAGCCAUGACAUACCCUCUGAGAAGGAAGAACGUAAGCACAGGAAAGAGAAGAAGAAAUCUGUUGAAGAAAGGACAGAAGAAGAAAUGCUUUGGGAUGAGUCUAUUCUUGGAUUUUGAACUUUUGGUUUUGUUUACGCAUGCUUGAAUUGAA